CUCUCCUCUCCUCUUAUCGUCAUCCAUCUCUUAUCCGAUAACAAUGCACCGCCUGCGGGGAACGGGAAGGAGGUUUUCCGGGCGAAGCGCCGGCGCCGCGCUGAAUUUCUGGGCCAAUGAUUCUCGCGUUAUCCAUUUGCGUCUUUCAGUUAGGGAAGGAAGGACCUGACUCUUAACUCCUGAAGCGCCGCAGGUUUCGUGUUCCUGAAUGCGUGCGCUUAGCUCUCUGCUGGCUUUGUUGAAACAAUGUGAGCUUCCCUAUAGUUUGAGUCCAAGUAGGUGGUUCGUGGGCAUUCAGAGUAAUCUUCAGAAUGCAUGCAUUCUCCAUCAUCGCCCUCAACGGUGGAUACCGGAUAGUACCAAUGUAGUCGGUCAGUUGUCCUGAAUUGUUUUCUUGUGGUCUGUAGUGACCUCCACCCAAACCAUCAUCAAGGGGGAAAUGGUCCGUUUCCAUGCUUUCACCAUCUCUUCUGUAUGUCGGUAUGCUUAACACACACAAUGGGGGCGUCGAUGUGGUCGGCACUCAUCUUCAUUUCUGGAGUUGCCUGAUAACAUUAAGAGUCAGUUAAUCGAGGAACCUGACCUUCAUAAAAUAAUUAAUCCCCAUGACUAGCAGUAGCGUCACCUAGAAGGUUACAAGGUACCAGCGCACCUUAAUACCUUACCCUCGUAGUCUUUUUUUUUUGACCAUUUUAGUCUUUGUUUUCCAUCACACGCAGAAGUGGUGACUGUAAUGUGGGGGAAAACUUGCUAUGCUGCAGAUUCCUAUGGAUGCAAUAUGUGCCGUGAUAGUUGACUUGCUUACUCCUAUUGCUAUUGCUUAUGCAAGCAUUCUAGCUAGUAGUAUUAGGCAGCCUUUUUAAAGUUCCAUCUCACUCCAAAGUAUCUUGAGAUUAUCGCGAUUGGGUCAUGGGAGUUCAGUGGGGAUGACAACGAUCCACAUUGAGCCUUUCCCGCAGAAGUGGAAAGCUUGUUCCUUACGGUGGUUCUGAAUCAUGAUGUGUCAUGCGUGCACUUCUGAUAUCCACAUCCAUAACCAAAAUAGAACAUUUGGUAAACGUUAUUGGUUGGAGCUUGCAUACUCUUAUUGCCUCAUUGGUGUUGCUUAUGCCAGAAGGAUUUACUAUUAUUAGUCUGUCUUUUAAGGUUCUAUUUUACUCCAAGGUACCUUUAGACUAUUAGGAUGGGGUCAUGGGAAUUCAAGUGGGGGUGACAAGGAUCCACAUAGAGCGCGGCUUUCCUGCGGAAAUGGAAAAGCUUCUUCAUUACUAUGGUCCUGAUGAAUCAUGAUAUGUGCCAUGCACUUCUAAUAUCCACAUCCAUAUCCAAAUUAGAACAGCUGGUUAACGCCAUUGGUUGGAACUUGAAUCCUUUUCUUGAUCAGGUGAUUGACUGUGAUACCACUAUUUGUACUUUAAGGAAGUAUAGGCCACAGAUUUAGCUCAUUGUUAGAAAGGCAAAUCUGGUCUCCAACCACAUCCUGCAGCUCCAAAACUUCCAGUGUCCACUUUUUAUUGCUUAUUUAAUUUUACAAACAUUGCUUUUAGCCAUCAUCAAAGUAGCCAGGGGAUCGGGCAUGGACAAGCCGUUCUCUCAGGAAAGAUAGUUUUUGACAGACCUUCCAGAAAGGCUUUCUUCUCUUUUGUAGUGCUAACCGCUAACAUUGCUAGAACCCACACAAGCAGAUGCUAUGCUUAAUUCAGUAGCGCACUAGCGCUUGCCUUGAGCUGUACGAGUUAGCUAGAAGUACCUAUUUGGUUGCUUAGCCGCACUGUAUAGCUAACCAAUUCAGCACCACAUAUGUAUUACCAGAAAUAUUUAUGUUGGCUAGUUGCUUAGAAGUCAGAACUUCACACUGUUUCGAUUCAUAGGAUACUUUGUGGUCUGUAAUUUUGCUGCUACCCAUCCAGUUUUUCAGCUAUUGCCUAGAAAUAAACAAUGAACAGUCUUAACGAAAAAUGUACUCAGACAUUCAGACAACGUUCGCGAAAAGAAACAAUGAAACACGCGGGAAAUUUUCUGGUAGUGAACGUGUUAUAUUUCUAGUUCUUUUUCUCAAAAGAAAACUGGAAGCUCAGUUCUGCUUGAAAGUUCAUGUAUUGCGAGUUCCCUUUCAAGAAAGAAAAAAGAAAGAAGAUUCAGGUCCCAGACACCCAAAGAUGGCAACUUUCACAUCUCCGGUUCUCUGCAACUUCAUGGCCAUCGCACAGAACAACACGCUUCUGCUGAACAACUGCACAAAACGGCCCCUGCACCUGAGCUUCCCCAGGAGCACGCCGGCAUUGCCGCGCUUCAGAGCGAGGCAAGACGUCCGCGCCGCCGCCGUCUACAAGGUGAAGCUCAUCGGGCCGGAGGGGCAGGAGAGCGUGGUCGACGUGCCGGAGGACAGCUACAUCCUGGACGCGGCCGAGGACGCCGGGCUCGACCUGCCCUACUCCUGCCGCGCCGGCGCCUGCUCCACGUGCGCCGGCAAGGUCCUGGAGGGCUCCGUCGACCAGUCGGACCAGUCGUUCCUCGACGACGCGCAGGUCGGCGCCGGGUACGCGCUCACCUGCGUCGCGUACCCGACCUCCGACUGCGUCAUCCAGACGCACCGGGAGGCCGACCUGUACUAGUAGCACUGGUGUCACUUCGACAGCUCCAUUCAGAUUCGAUCUUGAGUUCUCGAUCUUGACAUUGCGAUUCGCAUCUGUACUGGUCGUUGCAUAGUUGCAUCUUAGCUAGACUCCUUAAUCAAAAUCCUCCACGUAAUUUCGGCACGAGCAAA